UUCUACCACAAUCCCAGAUUCAGCCAGGAUCCCGAGUACAUUCCGGCAAAAAAGAGUCCACAAACUAGCUCCUAUAGGCGUCGGCUACUGCUGGAAUCUAUGGAUAUGCCCUUGGGAUCUACGGUGACAACGCCGGAGAGACAGAGUGUACCGGUGGCUCCGCAGACGAGACGUUCACCCACAGCCACGGAUUCCCCGCUCCUCAGGACAUGCUGUCAAAGUGUGCGCUACGAGGCUAUGAGACGGGGUCCAAGCAACACGACUUUGUGCCAGAGUAGAACUAAUCUCCUACGAUCAGCUGGCGGCGGUGUGCCUCCUACUUCAACCACCACCUUCUCCAUGAACUCCAACGCCCAUCUGCAGAACAGAAGAAGCGGCUGCGGGAUCAGCAUCGACAUCUGCAGUGUAGAUUCGCAAUCUGAGGUGGACAACAAUGUAAGUAUCAAGAUCGCAACGGAUGCCUAUCUGCUGAACAAUACGGAUAAGGUGAGGACCAAGUCCAAGCCGGUGCGCUGUACGCCCAGAUCCAGUGGCACCUUUGGCAUCGACAAGCGACUUUCCAAGUUCAGUGUGAGCGAGACGAAACCUCGGACGAGUGCGGAAUGGGAGCUCCGGCAGAGAGAGAAGGCACGGGAAGCGGAGCGCCAACGAGAACGGGAGCGGGAUCGACAGUUGUUGGAGGACCGACGCUUGGAGCAGGAGAGGGAGCUUCAGGAGGAGCGAGAGCGUGCCCGCCAGCGGGAGCGAGAUCGUGAGCAGCUCCGCCACUUGGAGCGUCUACGGGAUGAGGAGCGUCUCCUAGAGUUGGAAGUGGAGCGCGAGAGGCAGCGACUGCGGGAACUGGAGCGGGAAUCCCAGCGGCACAGAGAAUACGAGCGUCUGUGUGCCCUCCAGGAGCAGUUUCGUCGGGAGCAAAUGGAUCUACUAAGUCAAGAGCCCAUACCUCCCCGACCGUCGAUUCCAAUGACCUCGCACUUGUACACAACCACCUCUGAUGAUCGUUUGCCCGGAAUGGCCUUUUGUGAUUUAUCUUCCCGAAGGACACGGAGAUUGGAGAAUCCGACCAGACCGAAAGAAAGACGAAAGACUAGAGUAAGUCAGGAUUCUAGAAGUGUCUCCUCCGCUACCCGUUCACUUACACCCCCGCCGAUCCUUACCCGGAAUAGCAGCUCCCCAUCACCCUCUUCAGCAGCUCCGUCUACACCCACCUCCCGUUCAUCCACUCCAAAUCGGAGGUCAAAACGCUGCUCCAGUCGUAGUUCAACCCCUGAUUCCAAUUCCCAACCUAGAACUACUCCAACCAUUCCAAGAGAUCUAGCUCGCAGUAGUUCGGGAACUUCGAAUGGCAAUGUCCAUGUCACAGUGACCACGACCGGGCGUCGGAGCAACUGCAGCAUGAGGCGUUCAUCCAAUGACCACGUUAGCGAGCAAAAGCAGCUAAAUGGAAACCAAACCUGCGUCGCCUGUCUGAAUAAUAUGCCCAUUAGGAUAACCACCUCUCGGUCCAGGGAUACGGAUCUAGCCUUCAGUCUGAACCAUGUGAGGAUGAGGGGAUCAUCACCAGCGCCCGCGGAAAGGAGCAGCAGUCAGGAAAGCCAAGAUUCCUGUCAGGUUAACAUUAGCGUGUAUGCGGAUAAACUGCGUUUGAUGCGUUUAUAAUAAUAUAAGGGAAAAGUGGGGAAUUAUAUGUGUGAUUUUUGGAACAGAUCAUCUCUAGAAUAUAGAGUUAAACUGUCCCAGAAGACGCCCAUAUGCUCCACUAACUUUUCUAUAUUAGAAUAACGCCAAAAUUAGUUGUAUCAUUGCUGUUUUUUGACUUUUAAAUAUUCUUAACCAAGCUAAAUCCCAAAAUAAUAUUCCAAACUAUUUUUUCUAUAUGUUCCUCGCUACUUGGAGUUCCUCCAUU